AUCUCUCUCUGGUUCAGCAACUGGUCUGCAAUGUAAUCUCACGUGCAGCAUGCUGUAGCAUUUUGUUGUUUUUUCAAGGAUUAAGCAUCUUUUAAAAAGGUCAUCAACUUUCUUUCAUGGGGGAAGAGAAGAUGAUAAAAGGGGGACUUUGUUUGGUCUUUUGGAUGUGUAAUUCUUUGGGCUCUUCAUUAUUUCUCUCAUUUUGGGUUUCUUUGUAGGGAACACCUCUCUCUUUCUCAAUUCUCAGCUUUCAGCUCUUACAAUUACAAGAGAUUCACUUUUCGUGUGACUGAGAGAAACAACAACUUAAAUAGAGAGAUUGCAAGCGUAACAAGGAUCUGGGUUUUUGAAAAACAUGGCAUUAGAAGCCGUGGUUUACCCUCCAGAUCGAUUUACUUAUGGUUUCAAGGACCACUUUCCCGGAGUAGGAGCUUGGGGUUAUGCUUUUUGCUUCCAAGAAGAAGAUAAAAAUCUUACUGCAAUUCUUGAAAGCAACUUAGAACAACAAGAGGAUCAUCAUUUCCAUGCAAAUUGGGGCUCUUCGUCUUCUUCAGUCAUUCAACAACAUCCAAAUGAGCUAUGGGAUCUUUACUCUUCUUCCCCCGAAGUUUGCACUGUCGAUCAGUCUCUCCCCCGCCCUGCAGCCGGGGAUUUCCAAGCUCCGAUGGAACCCCCGCCAUCUUACACUGCGACGGCGACGACCAACGGCACCAGACGAAAACGUCUUCGUACCAGGAGAAGCAAGAACAAAGAAGAGCUAGAGACCCAGAGAAUGACUCAUAUUGCCGUUGAACGCAAUCGACGGAAACAAAUGAAUGAGUACCUGGCUGCGAUCAGAGCUUUGAUGCCACCUUCUUAUGUUCAAAGGGGUGAUCAAGCUUCGAUAAUUGGGGGAGCGAUUAAUUUCGUGAUGGAAUUAGAGCAGCUAUUGCAGACCAUGGAGGCUCAUAAGUGGACCACUCAACAUCCAGAACCCAACGGCAACCUUUCUCCCUUUGCCGAGUUUUUCACCUUUCCACAAUUCUCAACUCGUGCGACGUCUCAGUGCAACGAUUCACCGUCGUCCAUGGCGGCUGAUCGGCCUAUGGGCGCUGCCGAAAGCGUGGCGGAUAUCGAAGUGACCAUGGUUGAGACACAUGCCAACCUCAAGAUACUCUCCAAGAAACGAUCCAGACAACUCUUGGAACUGGUUGCCGGGUUGCAAAGCCUGAGCCUCACCAUUCUCCACUUCAAUGUCUCGACCGUCGAGGAAAUGGUUUUGUAUUCAAUUAGCGUCAAGGUUGAGGAAGGGUGCCAUCUGAACACUGUGGAUGAAAUUGCAGCUGCCGUUAAUCAAAUGCUGCGCAGAAUCCAAGAAGAAGCUGCUUUCAGCUGAGACAUAUAAAGCCCAAGUUUUUUGUCCUGCUG